AUGACCCAUACAUCAACAACACGAUCACCGGCACCGGCGAUACCUUUUCCACCACAACCCAACAACGUCACGCAGCUCCAGGUAUUACAGGGACAGGUACCAUCACUUGCUGCGCAGGUUGAUCAGAGACAAUGGCCUCCUGGAAAAGGGUUCUGGAUAGGAAUCGCAUUUUUGAUCUUCUUCACAAUCAUCGUGGUAUCAAUAUACUCGUACCUCGCUUCUCCGUUCUGGUUUGGUUGGAUGAAAGAGCUUUGCGGGUUCCCACCGAGUAAACACACGCCGAUCUCACGACGUCCUAUACCGAACGCGGAUUUGGAGAGUGGUGACGGUGGUGCUGGCGGUAUUGAGAUCACUCGACCUGAAGCUGCUCAUUUAUCAUCCUCACCGUCAAAAGACCCGCUGCCGCAGUACUGGCCUGGUAGCAACUUUAGCCACGACGUGUUGUCGGGCCUGUUGGAUUUGAAUAUGGAUGCUGCUCAUUGCGGGUCAAGACCACCUUCAUACCGGUCUAGAUUGACGCUCGACGUGGAAUUGAUGUCAAGGUCCUAG